AUGGCCAAUCCUCUCGACACCGAUGCCGGUUCUGAGCUCUUCAGCUCAUACGAGGCGGAAUUCAAGCUGGUCCAGGCCGACUUAUCGCAAAAGCUAGACCAGAUUCCAGAACUCUCCGGUGAACCCCGCAAGGCCGCAAUCAGCCAGGCCGAGCGAGCGCUGGAGGAAGCCGAUGAACUUCUUGGUCAAAUGCGUUUAGAAAAGCAGAAUAUUCCCACAUCAGCACGAACCAAGGUCAACCAGCGAUUCCGCAACUUCGAAUCUGAUACUGAUGAGGCUCGCCGAAAGUUAACCUCUCUUUCAUCCGAUCGAUCUGCUCUCUUCGGAUCUCGUUAUACCGAUGAUCCUUCUGGAUCUUCCGAUGUCCACUUAGAACAGCGCCAGCAGCUUCUCUCAGGCACAGAGCGUCUUGACCGGAGUACACAGCGUUUGAAGCACAGCCAGGCCCUCGCAAAUGAGACUGAAGCCAUCGGAGCCGGAACACUGGCCACUCUUUCCGCUCAGCGAGAUAUCAUCACCAAUACUCACGACACCUUGACUCAGAGUGAAGGUUAUGUCGAUCGUAGUGUCAAGACCCUCCGGGGCAUGGCACGUAGGAUGGCUACAAAUCGGGUGAUUACAAUUGCGAUCAUCACGGUUCUUGUUCUUCUCAUUAUCGCUGUAAUCUGGAGCAAGUUCAGCUCUCGUAUCUCUCUGAUUUCCAAGAGCGACAUCCGCUAUGUGGGUGUGCUCCACGAGAUCAAUUCCGACGAGUCAACAGUAUCUCUCGAGAAUGUUCGAUCCUUCGGCACGGAAGGCCGCAGAGGACGACCAGAAGAAGAGGUCGGCCCCUCUGACCAGGUCUACGAAUAUAUUGUCUUCCGUGGAAGCGAUGUAAAGGACCUGCGGAUCGAGGACCACCCAGGCAUCAAGGAGAAUCAACCUCCUGCCAUGCCUGAUGAUCCUGCAAUUGUCGGAUCUGCACGAACCCGACCCGGGCCUCAAGGUCCAGGUCCCAACCAGAAUGCCCCUCCGCCACCUGGCCCUGGCGGCCCUGGGCCCUAUGGGCAGCAUCCUUAUCCCCCAAAUAACUUCUACGGACCCCCUGGGGCAUGGGGUCGUGGUGCACCCGGUCCUGGUGGUCCUGGCGGUCCCGGUGGCCCUGCCUUUGGAAACAUGCCCUACCCUCCUGGAUGGUUUCCUCCUGGCCAAGGCUUCCCUCCAGGUCCUGGUGGGCCAGCUCCUUGGGGGGCACAGCCUUUCCCUCCCGGCCCUGGCGGGCCUCCUGGUCCUGACGGUCCGCAGCAACAACAACCGCCACCGGCUCCGGGGCAGCAAGACAAGAAGCAUGUGCCAAUUGGCCCUGGAGCUGAUCGUCCCAACUCUGAAGCCCCCCUACCUACAGAGCCCAAGUCACUGGCUCAACCUUCACAUCAACCAGUUGAGGCACCGACUCCUGCUUUAGAGUCAAAAUCCUCCACAGAAGAAGUGAAGGCUAAGCCCGCUGAGGCGCAGGCUCCAUCUGAGCCCGCAAAGAGUAUCCCUACUGGGCCUCGGACCAACCGGGUCAACCCGGUCAUUCCUCUGUCGGGAUCAUUAUCAAAGCCUUUCCAGCCUCCCAUUGCCCAGGAAAAGAUCUCUCAGACCAGUGUCCAGGCAACUGUUACUUCUACAGCGCCAAACAGCGUCCAGGAUGCCACAAGCGCUGCCAGGGCUGCGGUUGCUGCUGCUAUGGCUCAGCUUGGCAAUGGCGGAGGCAAUGCCAUGGAUAAUUUGACCAAUAAGGUCAACGAAAUGAGAGUCAACGCAACCCGGGCCCCUACCGCUCCCCGUGGUCGUGGCCGUGGAGGCCGUCCCACAGGGAAGGUUGAGGUACCUGACUCGGACUUCGACUUCGCUCAGUCCAAUGCCAAAUUCAACAAGGAGGAUCUUCUCAAGGAGGCGAUCGCGGGCUCUCCUGUAACAGAAACAGGAAAUGCACACACUCCCAGCACUACCGAGUCGCCCGCCCCCUCGGAAAACCCCAUCGCCUACAACAAGUCAAGAUCAUUCUUCGACAACAUCUCAAGCGAGGCUAGGGAGCGAGCCGAAAACAACGGGCAGAGGGCCGGUGGUCGUGAGUGGCGCGAUGAAGAGCAACGCCGCAACAUGGAAACCUUUGGCCAAGGUAGCGUUGAUGGCGGACACCGAAACUUCCGUGGUCGGGGCCGCGGUCGUGGCCGUGGAGGAAGAGGUCGUGGCAUCGGUCGCGGAGGCCGAGGCGGCCAACGAUUGCCCUACCAGUCAGGCGACGCAGAGCUAUAG